AUGGCGAAAAACGGUCAAAAACGGGGAAAAUCCGGCGAAAAGCGGGGAGGAAAUGGCUCCAAAAUGACCCAAAUUGACCCAAAAUUGGCCCCAAAUUUGCCUGAUUCCCUGAGUGAUCGCAAAAGUCUCAAAAUUUUGGGAAUUCCCAAAAAAUCCGGGAAAAAACGGGUGCUGCUGACGUGGGUGAACUGCCGCAGCGUGCGCUGGGCCACGCGGGUGCAGGACGUGUUCACGGCGGGGAAGCUGCUGGCGCUGGCGCUCAUCGUGGGCGCCGGGGCCGUGCUCAUCGCCCGCUGGGAGAACUUUUGGCUCCGCCCCUCGCAGGCGUUCUCGUGGUGGGCGGAGCCGGGGGCGGGGCCUCUGUUCCUGGCCUGCCUGCAGGGCUCGUUCGCCUACGGCGGCUGGAACUUCCUCAACUACGUCACCGAGGAGCUGGUGGAGCCCCAGAGGAACCUUCCCCUGGCCAUCGCCAUCUCCAUCCCGCUGGUGACGUUCCUCUACGUGGCGGCCAACGUGGCGUACCUGGCUGCCAUGAGCCCCAGGGAGAUCCUGCAGAGCUCCGCGCGGUCGC